GAGUCUACGAAAUUUCCAACCAUGGAUCAGACUCAUUCCCAGUGUACUGCGACCAGACAAGUGAUGGAGGUGGUUGGACGAUGAUAUUCAAAUACAUUGGAGGAAAUUCUUCCUCUCCGACUGCUGACACGUUUUGGAGUUCAUUUGACACAUUAUCAGAAAAUGUUAUCGCUGCCUUAGAUACCACUUCAACCUACCAGGGAAACUACAAAAACCGUAUCGUUCAAAGUUGGCAAAUUUUUAACCCUCAAGAGGUUCGUGUAGUGCUUUACACGAAUGGGGCAGAAGUUAUGUCUAUGAAGUUCAAUGCCAGAGGAACAACUAACGUUGACUGGUUUACACAAAAUAAUCUACUUCAAUCACCAUGGACAGAUCUUAAGAAUGCGACAACUUUAAAACCCUUUCGCAUCAAUGGACAUCACGGUGCACGAAACUUUGAAAUCUCAGCUAAGUACGCAGGAUGCCCUAAUGAUGUUGGGUGGUUUAUGAUCGGGGGAGCUUUCUGUGCCUGGGAGAGAUUUCACCCUGUGCCGGCAAUUCUAUACAGCAAGAAAACUCACAACAUCACAUGGAAUAAUGUCCAAGCCGACGUCGGGGGCGCUGAGGUUAUGGUUGUGUAUGUACGUUGAAGACCAAGGAUGCCAGCCAAUGAAUAAUCUGAAUGAAAUGUUGAGAAGUAAAACUGCUUUAACGUUAUACGCAAAAUGACUGCAAAAUCAUACCAAAGUGCUUGACUGUAACUCGUUGGUUUUGAAG